AUGGCUCCUCCACGAGCUGCCAGCCCUCGCCUUCUCUGUGCACCUCAUGGCAUGCCAUCAACAGCCUCGCUGCCGCAGCAACAACAAUUGUCCAGCGAACUCAAAUCACUGCAGAACGUCACCUUCCGCCUGUCUCGUUCUCGAAAUGGUAUCGCGUAUCUUGGGCCGACUAUCUCCAACAUUCCUCCUCAGAGCGUCAAGCUGGAGACCGGCAUGAAGACCCUGGCCAUUCAGAGCCUACCAUGUCUUGCUUUCCAAGCUUCCUGUUGUUGUUGUCGUCACCAAGAAUGUCUCAUGCUGCAAGGCGAAUACCGCUCUGUCACCGUUAAGCUGUGGCUUGCGGCCAUCGCCCUUGCUUGCGUCAGAGACAAUACGCCGGCCCAUCUCGAAUGCCACCGAUGGUAG